AUGGGUCUCGACGUCUUCGUCAACUUCUACCUUCUUGCCAUGUUCGUCGUACCUCUUAUGCGCAACCAGUUUUCGAACCGAAGACUCCGCAGCCUAGCCAUCAAAUCCAUGUGGACUGCGCUCGGCUCCGUCAUCGCUACCAUUUCCAACCUCGUCAUGUUAAUCAUGAUUGAGGCUCCUGGCUGGCUGUGUCUCACAUCCUGCGGCAUCGACAUCUUCGCCAACGCAGCACUUUUAUACUAUGUACGUAGCAUUCCCUUCCGUGGUAUUAUGUAUCCCAAACUAACAUCCGCUCAGAUGACGCGCACACUCAAAAGAGACAACAAAGAAGCAAAAGCAACAUGGACCGUAGCCCAGUACAACGCCCCCGAGACCGAAACCCCUUACAGCGAUGCCAAAUGCGACGAAAGCUCGCGCUACACCGCGCGCCACGGCGACAGCGACAGCGAUGGCGACAAGGAUAGCCCCACUGUUGUACAAACUAUAUCCGCAUUCGAGUCUGACAACAAAUGCGACGUUGAGCGCGGUGGCAUAGUCCUCACCACCAUCUGUAAGGGAAAGGGCCAGAGGAGCGAGACCAGCAUUCCUGAUGACGACAGUCAGAGGGCUAUACUCCCGUCUGCGCAUAAUACUAUCUAUGUUAGCCAUGAGGUUGAGUAUUUGUCUAUGCCGAAGAAGCAUCGCGCUAGCUUUGUGUAA